UGGAUUUAUUGCCCCUAUCCUUCACCAGAUUAAUAAUUCACUGUGAAAAAACGGAAUAAGAAAGAAAAACAAACUACCCAUAACGGCAAUUACCCGAUAACGAAAACCCAAAAUGGGAAGCUCAUACACUGCCUUGAACGACGACGACGAUUCCGCCACCGAAUCCGACGACAACACCGCCACGAAGAUCGACUCUGAUUCCGACUCUGAAACCGAAACCGAUGAGGAAAUCCGUAACCGCUACGAUACUGGCCCUUUCAGAGAAGGCGAAAGAGUCCUCGCUUACCAUAGCAAAUGCAUUUACGAAGCCAAAGUUUUAAAUUGCGAAAAGCGGAGCAACGGUUGGCAUUAUUACGUUCAUUAUCGUGGUUGGAAUAAAAACUGGGAUGAAUGGGUAGGUGUGGAUACGUUAAUGAAAUUUAUAGAUGAGAAUCUGCAGAAACAGGAAGCGCUUAACAAGAAACUUAAGGAAGAAAUGAAAGCUGAAUUUCAUUCUUCAAAGAGAGGAACCGUCCGUGUGUUUCACUCUAAACCGAGAAAUCCCAGAGCUGCAGGUGGUAGGGGCAAAAAGCGAAAGAACGAUUCUAUCAGCAAGGAGAAGAGCGCUGUACCUUCUGAAAAGCUUGUGAACAUUCAAAUUCCACUAACUCUGAAGAAGCAGCUAGUUGAUGAUUCGGAAUUUAUUACGCAUUUGGGAAAGCUUGUUAAACUUCCACGUACUCCAAAUGUGGAAGACAUAUUGAAGAUGUAUCUUGAUUAUAGAUGUAAGAAAGAUGGCAUGGUAACAGAUUCAGUUCGAGAAAUUUUUAAUGGGAUACGUGCUUACUUCAACAAAGCAUUGCCUGUGAUGCUUUUGUACAAAAGUGAGCGUCAACAAUAUGAAUAUACCAUUACAGAGGAUAUCCGUCCAUCCACGGUAUAUGGGGCCGAACAUCUACUGCGUCUCUUUGUCAAGUUGCCUGAGUUGUUGGUGCGGGCAGACAUUGAAGAGGACACAUUGUUGGAGUUGCAGCAGAAAUUAGUUGCCUUUCUUAAGUGCGAACUCUACUAUUUUCGGUUUUCCUGGUUCUUGCAGAAGAAUCAAAAUGCCUUAUUUCUCUCUACGUAUCAUGUUGCAGAAGAUGUUGAGACAAGCACCAAUAAACAAGAUAACUAAAUCCAGACACAUUUGUCAACCAUUUGUACAUACACCAAAGAAUGACUGAACAUAUGCUGUAUCUAUAACUUUGUACGAGAAUCUACUGUUAAAGCUGAUAUGCUUGUCCCUGUUGGUUGACUUGGAAGAAUAUGCUCCAUCUGCUUCCUGUGUAAAGAAUGUGGAUGAUGUUGGCUGUGUUAAUUAUCAAUGAACCGUCUAACAACUAUUGAAGCUAA